UACAGUUUUCUCGAGUCUCUCAUAAAUCCAUAAACCCUAGUUCCCUCUCAAAAACCCCAGACCUCUGUGUCCGUUGCGCGCAAUGGAGAACCAAGAAGACCCAGCUCCAAAACCCAAGGAUCAACCUCUCUGCGAGGAGUGCAAGCAUAACCCAUCAAAGUACAAGUGCCCAGGUUGCUCUGUACGCUCUUGUGGCCUCUCAUGCGUCAAGGCUCACAAGCAACGCACUGGUUGUACGGGCAAGAGGAACCAGACCCAGUUCGUCCCUCUCUCACAGUUCGAUGAUAAUCUCCUUAUCUCUGAUUAUAAUUUGCUAGAGGAAGUGAAGAGGGUUUCCGAAUCUGCUCAGAGAAUGAGAAGUAAAGUGUGCGGUUAUUCUCAUUAUAAAUUACCAUAUCACCUAAAAAGUCUCCGGAAAGCUGCUGCGAGUCGGAAGACAAAACUCCUAUUUCUCCCUAGUGGAAUGUCAAAGAGGGAGAAAAAUCAAACUCGAUACAACAAUAGGAAGAAAACCAUUGAGUGGACCAUUGAGUGGCAGUUUCACUCAACAGAUGUUGUUUUACAUGACCAUGGAUUAAAUGAAAAUAUGAACCUUUCCUCUGUUAUUGAGAAUCAUCUAAAACCUGGCCCUUGGAAUCACCAACUAAGACAAUUCUGUGACGAACAGCUGGACUGUCUCAAGUUUUUCAUCCGUAAAUAUCCUAAGGGUCCUAGGUCACCUUUCCGUGAGUUGGAUGUAAAGGCCCCAAUAAGGCAACAACUAUCCAAUUUAGUUAUAUUGGAGUAUCCUGUAAUAUAUGUCUUUCUCCCUUCACACAACUUUGAUUUUGAAGUCGUUAAAGAAGCCAAUCCUGUUACUCAUAAAACAAAGUUUAAGGAUUCUGGAAGCAACCCAAACCCAAUCCCAGAAGGUGUCCCUUUCAAGGAGGAGGAAAUAGAAGAAGACAACAGCUCUUCAGAUCCUCAUGUUUUUGAUCUCAUGAAACAUUCAAGUCCAAUGCAUCGAUUCCCUCAUCGGAACAAGCUGUCUGAGAAAGUGAUAAACAACUCAUCAGAGAGGUCAUUGUUGUCAAGAGUGGAAACAGGCAACUGUUCACUUUUCGGCUCUGCCGAGGAACCAGGAGUUUCUGAAAUUAGGGAGUUCAGUUUUGAUCAGGGCUUAAUAGAUGCGUACUCAGAUCUAAUUGCAGAAAACAAUCCUGAUGACUUCCUUGAUUUGGAAGGUGUAUUUACUGAUGAAGUAAUUGUGGAAGAAAUAAGGAAUUUCUCAGAAGAGCAGGGAGUCUUCUCAGCAGAGGAGGAAUUAGAGGAAGGAGAGAUUCUUGAAUAAUUGAAAUUAUAAAAGGAAAGGACCAACUAUAGAAGGAAAGGACCAACUGCCAAGGAUUGUGCUGAUAAUUAUGAUUUUUGUUAGUGCUUUGGCAUUGAGCUCUGGUUUCUGCAAUCAUGCCUAAGAAACAAAAUUACUUUCUUAGCAUUAUUGAUUGAGAAGUGCAUGCUUUUGUUCAUAUCAUGCGGAAGGAGGUGUCUCAGUCGCUCAUAGUGUCUCCAUUCCUCUUAUACAGAUGAUGAUGCUUUUGGUUGAGACUACAAUAUCCGCUUGUCAAUUUUCUAGGGAGCAUUGCCCACAAGCUACACAGGACAGAAGCAGAUUACAUCAACUGUUAAAAGGUGAUCUGAAUUUGAGGAUUUCCCAAGAUUUGGAUAGCCUGCCUUCUUGAUUACCGUUGUGCUUCCUUCCGGGAGCAACUCAAGAUGCUAUGUAUUUUUCUAUAGCUCACUCUGAACUGCUUUAAGUCUUCAUUAAUUGAUUCUUUUUACUGGUUUAGAAUGUCGAA